UAUAACCUUAGAACUUAGCUAGCCUAGAACUUAGUUUCGGGUUUUGCAAGUUCAAAAUUAGAUUAAUGUUUUGAGAGGAAGAUGGAGAAUUCAACCGAAAAGAAGUACAGUUGUGUUUCACGUUACGAGCGACGGCGUGAAUUGUCCAAACGGCGACUUCUUUUCUGGGCAGGACGUCUUCAUUUGAUGCCUCACGAGGUGGCUAGGAUGUCGGAGGCGGAACUUAAUCAUAGAUUAUGUAUGAUCAAAAAGAAGGAUAUAGCUUUUGAUCAGCGAAGGGCUGACUUUGAGCGAUGGAAACAGAUAAAUCAGUUAAGAUUUCUGAUGUAUGAAGAGCAGAAGAAGUACAACGAACUUUGUGGUCCGGGAGGUGCCUCCAUCUGGAGUAUUCUCUCAGUGGCCCAGCGGGAUCUGGAAAAUAAACUCCAAAUGGAUCGAUUGCGGGGAAAUUGUGAGCGAUUCCCUUCUCCAAUGUCGAUAAUGGAGGAGAAUCGUCAAUUGGGUGGCAGGCAGCUAGUUCUAGAACCCCUAAGAUCUAUCCUAAGUGGCUGUGAUUCAGAUUCUGAAGAUGAACUGGAACUUAAGAAGGUCACUCAGUAUUUGCCUACAAGAUGGCCAAAAGGGAAGGGUUAUACGAAUAUUUCCAACUCAGAGAGAUCUCAACAAACUUUCUAUGAAGAAUCUUUCUCUAAAAGUAAAUUCAAUCUUCAAGCUAAAAGGGAAGACUCCUUGGAAAGCUUUCAGGACCGGCCAAAGCUGUGCUACUGUCCUCUCUGCGCCAAAAGACACCUGCGUUUGCCACCUCGCUUCUGACCAGGUGUAAAUAAAUCACAAGGCCUAGACCUGCA